CUGAUGUGUAGUCAGUAGCUGAGGCGGUUUCGUCCACAGCACCGGACGGUUGUAUGCUUCGGGCGGAGAAGCGGCAGUCAUUCCAGCAGCCACACCUGGCGCACUUUUCGUCAUCUUGCACGGAAGAUUGCACUUUGAUGGAUACCUAAGGUGGCCACACCAAGCGUGUCUUUAGGGGUUCAACCGCCAACCGUUGUUCUCCGGUUUCCCAGCCAGUUGACCAGUACAAACAGAGUAGAGUGCAAGAAGUCUCACAGCAAUUGUGAGGCUAUUUCACAUGUUAUUUUUAAUAGAGAAGAGAAGACUGCCUUUUAUAUAAAUGUGAGAUACAUACCCUCAUUGCAAUACAGCUACAUACACUUCAACAAAUAAAGAAUAUCCUGAAGAAGAAAAAAAAAACAUGGAAAUCAAUGAAGCAAAGGGACUUGUACUUGGUACUCUAUUUGUCCUAACAUUUCUUUUUAGUAUGUUACCACUUUUACUUAUUAAAAAGUUUCGUGGAACCAUAGAUCCAAGCAAACGGCACAGGUAUGCUGUGGUCAUAAGCCACUUGAGUUGUUUUGCAGCUGGUGUUUUCAUGGCUACAGCUCUUCUACAUUUGUUUCCAGAAGUGAAUGAAACUCUUAAAAGGGCCCUGUAUUUCCUACAAAUCAAAACUGACUUUCCUGUUGCCGAGUUUGCUGUAUCUGUUGGAUUCUUUGUGAUACUGAUCAUUGAACAAAUAGUCUUGGACUAUAAAGAAAGAACGUUAACACAGGAUAUCCUUACACAGCCGGCAGAAGCGGAAGGUGAACAGUGGCUGUCACAACGUCGUAAUAGCAUAGAAGGCAUCAGUGAUCAGGUGCAUUCUAAUGAGCAUGACGUUCCAGCAGAGGAGCCAGCUGCACACUCAGUAUUCCGUUCAGUACUACUAUUGGCAGCCUUGUCAGUGCAUUCACUGCUGGAAGGUGUAGCAAUAGGACUACAGCCUGAUGUAAUGAGUGUACUGCAGAUAUUUAUUGCUGUGGUGCUCCAUAAAGUUAUUAUAGCCUUCAGCUUGGGACUCAAUCUCGUACAGAGCAGACUGAAACUUCAUGCAAUCAUAAGAUCAAAUAUUAUAUUUUGUGUUACAUCACCUUUGGGGAUAGGAAUUGCAAUGGGUUUAGAAGAAUUUAGUCAUAAUGUAAACUCGUCAGUGAUAAAUGGUAUUUUACAAGGCUUGGCUUGUGGAACAUUUGUGUAUGUUACUUUCUUUGAGGUCUUGCCACAUGAAAUCAACCAUGGAGGAAAUCGUCUCACUAAAGUUCUUGUUCUUCUGCUAGGAUUUUCAUUUAUAUGUGGGAUCUUAUUUUUGGAACCCAGUGACAGUACUCAUUCUGAGACUAGUUCCUUAACAGUCUCUGGCAGACACAUGUGGAUAAUUUAAUUUAACAUGUAUUGUUCACUUUGUUGUUAAUGUGAAGACUGUUAUACCAAGGAAACACAUGAAACAAUUGGAUAAUGUAACUUUUUUAAUUUUUUAAACUGCAAUAUACAAUUUUCUUUUGUAACUAUGACACCAAUCAUACAUAUAUUGUCUGGACUGUUAAAUAGCCCAUAUUUUGAUGGAAAAUAAAAACUGAUUCCUAAGCUCA